AUGCAUUUGGACAUUGAGGGAAUUCCAGUUUUAUUUCCAUUCGAUUAUGUUUAUCCAGAACAAUUGGCGUACAUGCGAGAGCUCAAGUACUCAAUUGAAAACAGAGGUCAUGCGCUGAUCGAAAUGCCCUGUGGAACCGGGAAGACAGUAACUAUACUGAGUUUCCUGAUCGCUUACAAAAAGGCACACCCUGCUUCGCUGGAGAAAAUCAUCUACUGCACUCGAACUGUGCCUGAGCUGACAAAAGUGGUGGAGGAACUGCGCGAUCUUGUCCAGUACUAUGCCGACAAUGGUCAGCACUUGGACCUUCUUUCCAUGUCCUUGAGUUCAAGACAGAAUCUUUGCGUCAACCCAGAAGUAAUGAGCUGCGGUGGUAGAAUUGAAGUGGACACAGAGUGUCGAAGAAGAACAGCCACUUUUGCAAGGAGGAAUGCGAAAAUGAGUCCUGGCGGGGAAAAUCCUUCUUGUAGCUAUUUUGAAAACUUGGAGAAUUCGACUCUGAGCGCGAAACUGCCGAGAGGGAUUUAUAAUUUAGAGGAUAUCAAGGAAUUCGGAAAGGAAGAAACACUGUGUCCCUAUUUCAUGGCGCGGGAAGCGAUCAACCUUGCUGAUAUCGUCAUCUACUCUUACAACUACCUUUUGGAUCCGAAGAUUUCUUCUGUUGUUUCAAAGAGCUUGCCGAGAAACUCAAUCGUGGUUUUUGAUGAGGCGCACAAUAUUGACUCAGUGUGUAUCAAAUCCUUGAGCGUAAAAAUUACCAAGCGAACAAUCGAACGAGCUGCUGAUGGACUCGAAAAACUGACCGCCAGAGUCGAUGAAUUUUCAAUGUCCAAGAAAGAAGAGCUCGAAGAUGAGUACGACCGACUUGUGAGAGGACUUCGAGAAGCGAGGCAAAAUGAAGAUUCGGGCCUUGGCGGACCGCCAGUGCUUCCUGAAGAUGUUUUGACGACGGCGAUUCCUGGCAGCAUCAGAAAAGCGCCGAUAUUUUGCAAAUGGGUCAAGCGAUUAUUAGAGUACUGCGGCCAUCGGCUGCGAAUUCAGCAAGCGAUUCAGGAAAGUCCUUUGAGUUUCCUGCGAGAUAUUGAAGAACGAGUUUGCAUCGAUAGAAGAUCAUUGAGAAUUGCGGGAGAGCGACUGCAGAAUUUGAUCAUAACGCUGGAGAUGGUGGAUUUGACUGGGUUGAAAGAGGUCAAUGAUAUUAUCAACAUGGCUGCGUUGGCGGCGACUUAUACGGAAGGAUUCGCGAUUCUAUUCGAAGCGAUCGACGAACGAGGCAUUCCAGAUCCUCGAAUACAGCUUGCUUGCCUCGAUGCUUCUCUUGUCAUGCGCCCUAUCUUCCGAAAAUACCAGUCCGUCCUCAUCACCAGUGGAACUUUGAGUCCUAUCGAGAUGUACCCGAGGCUGUUGGACUUUCAACCGGUUGUGAUGACUUCUUUGUCGCUUUCAAUGGCACGAGGGGCGAUUUGCCCGAUGAUUGUUGCAAGAGGAAAUGAUCAAGUUUCUUUGAGCUCCAAAUUUGACGAAAGAGAGGAUCCCAGUGUGCUUCGAAAUUACGGAAAUCUACUGGUUGAAAUCUGCGGCGUUGUACCAGAUGGAGUCGUUGUUUUCUUCACUUCUUACAGCUACCUUGAAAAUGUUGUAUCGAUGUGGAACGAGACUGGAAUCAUUGAAGGAAUACAGAAGAAUAAAAUCAUAUUUUGCGAAAGCUCUGAUAUAACAGAAACUUCGCAGGCCUUGAGUAGAUAUCGCGAAGCAUGUGACGAAGGAAGAGGAGCAGUUCUUCUUUCCGUGGCCCGAGGAAAAGUAUCAGAAGGAAUCGAUUUCUCUGGACAUUACGGAAGAGCCGUCCUUGUACUCGGAAUCCCGUUCAUUUUCACUCAGUCGCGAAUUCUGAGAGCAAGGCUGGAUUUUCUGAGGACAAAGAUUCAAGUGAGGGAGCAGGAGUUUCUCGUCUUUGAUGCUAUGAGACAGACUGCUCAGUGUCUUGGGAGAGCGAUUAGAGCAAAAUCGGACUAUGGAAUCAUGUUGCUUGCUGAUGUACGAUUUGGAACCCCUGGAAAAUAUACAAAACUGCCGAAGUGGCUCACGGACUCGUUGUCACAGGGCUCGUUGAGCUUGUCAAUUGAAGACUCAAUUGCCCUGUCAAAGAAGUUUCUACGUCAAAUGGCUCAGCCUUUUCCCAGAAGUGCCCAGCUUGGAAUAUCGUUACUGGACGCAGAACAGGCGGAGCAAUACUUGAGAAGGAUAAAAAACGAAGCUGCCUUUGCGAAAACCAUUUGA